AUGCAUAUAAUAUUAGCCUUAAAAUUGGCACCGUUUAGUCCACGGCUUCAAUUGGAGGGCUCAUACUUUGGGAUUAUGUGUUCAGUUAUAGAGGGCUCACCCCCACUGUUCUUUGAGUGGUCACGUAAUGGACAACCACUUAAAGCCGGUGCCGAUACUAACUAUAAGAUCGAUAAGUUUGAAAUGUAUUCAAUGUUUACUAUAAAAAAUAUCGAUAGAAAUGAUUCGGCAAACUAUACUUGUUUUGUAAACAAUGAUAUUGAAAGCGAUAGUCAAUCGGUUUACUUAUCUAUUAAAGUACCUAAAUUAAGCUCUGGAUUGAAUUACAAGAAUCAGAGUAUUGGUUCAAAUUUUUUGAUUGUAUGCAAUACUGAGGAGGGAUCACAUCCUCUAUUCUAUGAGUGGUCCAGAAAUGGACAGACACUUAAACCGGGACCGGAUGUCAACUAUAAGAUCGAUAAUUUCAAAAUGCACUCAACAUUUACUAUUGAGUCGAUAUCCAUGAGUGAUAUCGGGAACUAUAGUUGUGUUGUUAGUAAUGCUUUCGGAUCCGAUUCCCGCAGUAUUUUACUUACUAUUAAAGCUGCCCUAAAAUUAAUACCAAUACUUAAUAACUUAAAUCAAGCCGAGGGAGCAAAUUUUCAAAUCUUAUGUACAGUUCAAGAGGGUUCACUCCCUUAUGUCUUUGAGUGGUCACGUAAUGGACAUAUACUUAAAUCUGGUCCUAAUGUCAACUAUAAGAUUGAUAAUUAUGAUAUGUUUUCAACAUUUGUUAUAAAAAACAUUUCUCGCAAUGAUUUUGGCAAUUAUUCAUGUGUUGUGAGGAAUGAUAUCACAAGUGAUACACAAACAGUAUAUUUGACAAUAAAAGCGCUUAAAUUAAUGCCAGUAUUGAGUAAUAUAAAUCAAGCUGAGGGUUCAUAUUUUCAGAUUACAUGUACAAUACAGGAGGGUUCGCCUCCCUAUUUCUUUGAGUGGUCAAUAAACGGACAAAAGGCUAAACCAGGUCCUGAUGUCGACUAUAAUAUCGAUAAUUUUAAAAGAUUUUCAACAUUUACUAUCGAAACAAUCACUCGUAAAGAUUCCGGUAAUUACACGUGUGUUGUGAGGAAUGCCAUUUCAACUGAUACACAAUCAGUAAUUCUUACAAUUAAAGCUCCGAAAUUAAAUUCCGGUUUAAUUCAUAAGAGUCAAGUGAUUGACUCUAUUUAUCAAGAAUUCUGUUCACUUGAAAGCGGAUCACUUCCUGUUUUCUUUGAGUGGUCCAGAAAUGGACAGUUACUCAAACCGAAACCGGAUGUCAACUAUAAGAUUGACAAUUUUGAAAUGUUUUCCACAUUUACCAUUAAAUCUGUAUCCAUGAGUGAUAUCGGGAACUAUAGUUGUGUUGUUAACAAUGCUUUCGGAUCCGAUUCUCGAAUGAUUUCACUCARUAUAAGAGUCCCUAAAUUGAGUUAUCCCGGUUUGAAUCAUAAGAGUCAAGUGAUUGCCUCUAAUUUUCAAGAAUUUUGUUCACUUGAAAGCGGAACACAUCCCGUGUUCUUUGAGUGGUCCAGAAAUGGACAGACACUCAAACCGGGACCGGAUGUCAACUAUAAGAUCGACAACUUUGAAAUGCACUCAACUUUUACCAUUAAAUCUAUAUCCAUGAGUGAUAUCGGGAACUAUAGUUGUAUUGUUAGCAAUGCUUUCGGAUCCGACACUAGAUAUACUUUGCUUUCCAUUAAAGUUCCCAAAUUAAAUUCCGGUUUAAAUUAUAARAGUCUAGACAUUGGCUCUAAUUUUCAAGAAUUWUGUUCAAUAGAGAAAGGAUCRCAUCCUAUAUUGUUUGAAUGGUCCAGAAAUGGACAGACACUCAAACCGRRAUCGGAUGUCAACUAUAAGAUCGAUAAUUUCAAAAUGCACUCAACAUUUACUAUUGAGUCGAUAUCCAUGAGUGAUAUCGGGAACUAUAGUUGUGUUGUUAGUAAUGCUUUYGGAUCCGAUUCUCGCAGUAUUUUACUAUCAGUAAAAGCCCCAAAACUGAUAUUACAGCCGAAUAUGAGAACCAAUUCYGAGGGUUCAUACUUUCAGAUUAUAUGUACGGCACAGGAGGGCUCACUUCCACUAUUUUUUGAGUGGUCUAUUAAUGGACACUCACUUAAGUCGGGUCCWAAURUUAACUAUAAGAUCGAUAAUUUUGAAAUGUAUUCCGCAUUUACCAUAAAAAGUAUUACAAGACAUGAUUUCGGUAAUUACACGUGUGUUGUGAGGAAUGCCAUCUCAAGUGACACACAAACGGUUCAUCUUUUAAUCAAAGGUCUCAAAUUAGUGCCAUUAUAUCCGAGAACACAAAAAGAGGGUUCAUUUUUUGUAAUAACAUGUUCAAUACAGGAGGGCACACCUCCUUAUAUUUUUGAGUGGGCUAUCAAUGGCCAGAAAGUUAAAUCUAGUGCUGAUGUUAACUAUAAGAUUGAAAAUAACAACAAAUUCACGACAUUUUCAAUCGAUGAACUCACCAGAAGUGAUGCCACAAACUAUACGUGUAUUGUAAGGAAUUCACAUACAUUUGAUAGCCAGUCGACUGUCCUAACAAUUAAUGCUCCGCGAUUAGCAAAAGUGUUGUCAAAUAAAAGUCAAACUGAAGGAUCAAUUUUCAAUACUGUUUGUUCACUAGAAGUGGGUUCACAACCCGUUUUCUUUGAGUGGUCACGUAAUGGACAGACACUUAAAGUCAGUUCCGAUACUAACUAUAAGAUUGAAAAUUCAAAAAUACAUUCAAUAUUUACCAUUGAAAGCAUAACUCGCAAUGAUUUCGGUAACUAUAGCUGUAUUGCUAGGAAUGCUUACGGAUCGGACACACAAUCAGUUCAGCUAUCAAUUAAAGGUUUAUAUWUUUAA